GUUGAGGCGACGGCAGCGGCGGUGGUGGUGGCGGCGGCGGCGGCGGGAGGGCGAAGCCCGGGAGGGCCCUUGGCCCACAAUGGCAUCGGCGUCAACAACAACAACAGCCACCACCACCACCACCACAACAACAACAGCAGCAGCAGCAAUAACGGCGGCAACAACUACUUCAACGGGGAGGCGGCGGCGGUGAGCGAGGGCUACAGCAUGGACGCUUUCUUCAUCACGGACGGGCGGUCGCGGAGGAAGCCUGAGGGGAGCGGAGGAGGAGACGGCGGCGGCGGCGGCGGAGGGGGAGGAGGUGUCGGCGGGGGCGCCGCGGGAGGCCAGAGGCACGCGUGCAGCGAGUGCGGCAAGACUUACGCCACGUCGUCCAACCUGAGCCGCCACAAGCAGACGCACCGCAGCCUGGACAGCAAAUUGGCGCGAAAAUGCCCGACGUGCGCCAAGGUGUACGUGUCCAUGCCGGCGCUGGCCAUGCACGUGCUGACGCACGACCUGCGUCACAAGUGCGGCACGUGCGGCAAGGCCUUCAGCCGGCCCUGGCUGCUGCAGGGCCACAUGCGCUCACACACCGGGGAGAAGCCCUUCGGCUGCGCCCACUGCGGCAAGGCCUUCGCCGACCGCUCCAACCUGCGCGCCCACAUGCAGACGCACUCGGCCUUCAAGCACUUCCGCUGCAAGCGCUGCCACAAGACCUUCGCCCUCAAGUCCUACCUGAACAAGCACUACGAGUCGGCCUGCUUCAAGGGGCCGGGCGAUGAGGACUCGUGCCCGGUCAGCGACUAAGCGGGAGGAGGAGGAGGAGGAGGAGAGA